AUCUCUUGGUACAAACUAAGAGAGAAAAAGAAAAACCAACAGAAAAUUAAGAAAAAAACAAAAAAAAAUAAGGAAAGAAAAGCAAGUCUUCCAUACCCAACUACCCUUCUUCACUCUCUUCACUUUGACUGUAUAUUUUUCCUUUUAAAAAAAUAAAAUAAAAUAUUUACUGAAAAAUAAAAAAAUAAUUAUUUAUUAUAUUAUAUAGUAUUAUUCGUAUUCUAUGGGUAAUGAGGAGGAAGAAGCAAAGUCUUCUGAACAGCCCAAGGCUUCGGAGGAGACAGCCAUGGCCAACGUUUCGACUGCAGCUCCUGCACCUUCCUGGUUCACGCCCAAAAGGCUGCUUGUUAUAUUCUGUGUAAUCAACUUAAUAAAUUAUAUAGAUCGAGGAGCAAUAGCAAGUAAUGGUGUGAAUGGGAGUAGUGGAACUUGUACAAAAAGUGGUACAUGCACAUCUGGUAGCGGGAUACAGGGGGAAUUUAACUUGAACAAUUUUCAAGAUGGAGUUCUGUCAUCUGCUUUUAUGGUUGGACUUCUUGUGGCUUCUCCAAUAUUUGCUUCGUUAGCGAAAAGUGUAAAUCCGUUUAGGCUUAUUGGAGUUGGGUUGUCAGUUUGGACUAUUGCAGUAGUUGGUUGUGGCCUUUCAUUUGAUUUCUGGUCCAUUACAAUCUGUCGCAUGCUAGUUGGUGUUGGUGAGGCUUCAUUUAUAAGUCUUGCAGCUCCAUUCAUUGAUGAUAAUGCGCCAGUUGAACAGAAAACUGCAUGGCUUGCAAUAUUCUACAUGUGCAUACCGACAGGAUAUGCAAUUGGGUAUAUUUAUGGUGGAGUGAUUGGAAGUCAUAUGAAUUGGCGUUAUGCAUUCUGGGGAGAGGCCAUUGUCAUGUUUCCAUUUGCUGUUUUAGGUUUUAUUAUGAAGCCUUUGCAGCUGAAAGGUUUUGCGCCUGCUGACUCAAACAAGGCGCUGACAGCAGUAGACGCAGCGGUCUCUGAAGUUGAAGAUGUUUCAAAUGGUAAUAGAGAUGCAUUGCGUGGGGAGGAAGCAUUCAAAGAUAAAAUCACACAUAAACCUUCCAAGCUACCAAUUGCAACCAGAAUAAAGAAUCAAGUCUCAAGGUUUAUGAAGGAUAUGAAGGUGCUUUUGGUUGAAAAGGUUUACGUCAUUAAUGUUCUAGGUUACAUAGCAUACAACUUUGUCAUUGGUGCAUAUUCAUAUUGGGGGCCUAAAGCUGGUUACAACAUAUAUCAUAUGGAAGAUGCCGAUAUGAUAUUUGGAGGUAUUACUGUUGUGUGCGGAAUUUUAGGCACCCUAGCAGGAGGAUUUGUUCUGGAUUUCAUGAGUAACAGCAUCUCAAAUGCUUUUAAGCUUCUUUCAGCAACAACAUUUCUUGGGGCAGUAUUUUGCUUCAGUGCGUUCUGUUUCAAGAGCAUGUAUGCUUUCCUAGCUGUUUUUGCAAUUGGGGAACUACUUGUCUUUGCCACUCAGGGUCCUGUAAAUUUCAUUUGUCUCCAUUGUGUUAAACCUAGUUUGAGGCCACUAUCUAUGGCUAUUUCAACAGUUUCAAUUCACAUCUUCGGUGAUGUACCUUCCUCACCUCUUGUUGGUGUUCUCCAGGAUUCUAUCAACAACUGGAGGACAACGGCUUUGAUUCUAACAUCCAUUCUCUUUCCGGCAGCGGCAAUAUGGUUUAUAGGAAUAUUUCUCAAAAGCAAGGAUAGAUUUAAUGAAGAUAGCGAGCGUCAUGUUAGCACUACAACUGAAAGAUCAAACACAGCACCCUUGCUUGGAGGCAAACCAGUAGAAGCAGAAGCUUCUGCUGAACCAUGUUGAUCGAUGCCUCUCUUAUUUCCUUUUUGAUUUUGUUUUGUUUUGUUUUUUUGAUUUUUCUUUAGUUAUAUUGGGAAAAUGAGGCCUUUGUAUUAAGUUCAUCAUGUAAAUAAGUUCCUCUAAAGUUAUUUUAGUCCUUUUAUUUUCAAUGGCUCUUCUUUAUUCUUCUAUUUUGGUGGUAAAAGGUGAUAAGAAAUUAUGGAAGAUUUUGGUGGCGGAUGGAUGUUAAUUCAAUUAUCCAUUACCAUGACAUGUUGUUGGGAUCUUUUUCUUUUUUCUUUUUCUUUUUAUUUUCUUAAAUUUUAUGCGUGGUUGUUUUUCCACGUAAUAAUCCAGUGUAUAUAUAACUCAUAUAGUAGAAUAGUUUUUAUUUUAAGUUUCAAUUCUACGUAUUACUUGCUAAGAUAUUCCAACUCUAUAUAUUUACAUACAUUGAAUAUGUAGUGAAUUGCAAUGUUGAGUUGCAAAAAUUAGAAGUGUUAAUAUCACGAAUUUGCCUAUAAAAUAAAACUCUACAAGAAAAGCCUAGAGAACAAAGUUUCUUACACUAGUAAUUUUCGUAUGUUGAAUCUUCAAUUCUAAAAAUAGAAAAAAAAAAAUAAUAAUAAUAGUUUAAUAUAUUUUAUACAAAAUAUAGUUGCAGAAAAAAGAAAAUAAUAAAAGUCAGAGAAAGGAACUAUCUAUGUAUGAAAAUCUGUGAACAUGUGCCCGCCAAACAGUGGUUGCGGCGUUUCACGUGUUUGGAUGACUGCGGAAACGCGGUGACACGUUUUAGGCAAACGCUAGUUAAUCUUUUCACUCCUAAAAACAUGGCGGCCAAUGAUUGGUUAUACAAAGUUUGAAUCGUGAAUCCAGCCAAUAGUCUCGACAGUCUCAACCUGAUUCUCAAGCUUUCCGUAGUCCUGAAUGCAUCAGAUCCUUCCGCUCUCAACAACAUAGCAACACCCCCAGCUUUACAAUGAAAACAACGGAAGCAAAACCCACUGAUUCUUUUCUUUUUCUGGUUUUACUCCAUCCACUGUAUCUCAGUCUCUCUCUCUCUCUCUCUCACUCUCUCUCUCUCUAUAUAUAUAUACACAUAUAUAUGAACUAUCAGACUCUGCCUAUUUGUUUUCAAAGUCUAUCCCAUGGCACCUACAGCAGCAAUGCUCAUUCUGUCUCACAAGAACACAUCAAGUUCACCACCUCUUCCCUCUCCUCCAUCAUAUCCUGCAACUCUAUCUGUAGGUAAAAUCCCAGCAGCCAAAUGGGUUUCUGAUAAAAUUUCCACCUUCAAACCCAAGUCAAUUGUUAAACAGGAAAACACCAUGGUUGAUGAUGUUCAUGAAGCACUGGAAAAGAAGUUUGAAAAAGCUCUUCAACUCAGCUGCUGGUAGUCCGUUUCUAUGCAAGUUUUCUUCUACGUGUUUAUUUAUGUAUGUAGUUUAUGCUAAUCUUAUAGACGAGUUGUAUAUAGAUCAUGAUAACCAUGUGUUCAAUAUAAUUCUUAUCGAAGAAACAAAGAAUAAUGAAAGAAAAUUGUAGUGAAAAACAUAUGUAAAUGAAGUUUUCUAAAUUUGCUUUAUUGUUCUUGGUAA